CCGCCGCGGCGCGAGCGCCUCUCCUCGCGAGAGGUCGCCCCCGGCAACGCCGCGGCCAUGGCGGAGGCGGCCGGCUCUGAGGCGGCGUUCUGCCUGCAGAAUGUUACCAUAACAGAUGACUCUAAAGAUGAUUAUCAGUGUGAAGAGGUUUCUGCAGAUGAUGAAUUUAGUCUUCAGGAGGAGGAUGAGGAUCUGUCCACGGCUUUACAGGCUAUUCAAGAGCAGGCUGAAGAUGCUGAAAUUUUAACUUCACAAUCAGUUCUGACUUCGGAGAAAUCAGUGUGUGAAGUACCUGAAGCAAUGGAUGAUUUCUUCUGCAAUUUCUUGGUCAGAUUGGGAAUGUCCAGAACCCUUGACUGCUUCCAAACUGAAUGGUAUGAACUCAUAGAGAGGGGUGUGCUCACAGUCAAAGAUGCUGGGUUGGUUCCAACUGUGUACACCCACAACCAGCACCUGCAGGCUGAGAAUAUGAGUUUGAAGAAAGAUUUGGAAAACUACAAACUUGCUGCCAAUAAAACAAAAGAGGCUCUCCUAAAAAUGCAGAAAGAACGAGACUUCCAUCGAAUGCACCACAGGCGAGUGGUCCAGGAGAAAAACAGGCUGAUUUGUGAUAUGAAAAGGCUGAAGGCACAUUAUGCAUCCUAUGAGCCAGUGCUGAAGCAGCUGUCUGAAAAAUAUGAGACUAUGCUGAAGCAGAAGAUGUUAACUAGUUUGGAGAGAGACAAAGCAGUGGGGCAGGUUACAGGUUUGCAGGCUGUGUUAGAAAAUUUAGACUCCGGAGGUGUUAAGCAGAUUUCCGAGGCAAAAGUCCAUGACUGUACAAGGAAGAAAGACUUUGAAGGUCCCACCCAGAAAGCUCUUCGGGAAGCCAGGCAGCAGAAAAUCAUUAUUGCUGCAAGUUCUUCAUCUGAUCCAGUCAAAGAUGCAGAGAAGAAGAUGGGCAAGAGACAUCUGAAGGAUUCAGAGUUCCCUGUUGAUACUGAAGUGAACACAUACCUUGAGUGUGCUAAAGAACAUACUCAACCCCUGAAAUCUGGAGAGUAUCAACUGAGCAACAUUCUAAAAGUGCACGACUUGGCAGUGAGCUGCUUGGCUUUACAUCCCCGAAAAGACAUCGUAGUGACUGGCAGCGAUGACCACCUCUGGAAGAUGUGGGCUCUGCCUGACGGGAACCUCCUCAUGACAGGCGAAGGUCACACUGACUGGCUCUCGGGCUGCUGCUUCCGUCCAAGCGGCACCCAGCUGGUGACGUCGAGCGGGGACACCACGGUGCGGAUCUGGGACCUCUCGCGGCGCGGGUGCAUCCUGACCCUGAAGGGACACGCCCGCGCUGUCCACGGCUGCUCCUGGCAUUCCCGGGGGGACUUCGUGGCCUCCGCCUCCAUGGACAGCACCAGCAAAAUCUGGGAUGUUAACAGUGAGAGGUGCAGAUACACGUUGCGUGGCCAUAAAGAUUCAGUGAACAGCAUUGAGUUCCUUCCCUUCUCCAGCACCGUUCUCACGAGCUCUGCUGACAAGACUUUGUCCCUCUGGGAUUCCCGAACGGGUCUCCGUGUUUACACAUUCCAUGGUCACCUGCAUCCCUGCAAUCAUGCUACAUUCAACACGAAGGGGGACGCAGUGGCUUCCUGUGACUCCUCCGGUGUGCUGAAGCUCUGGGACAUGCGGAAGUUGGUCCCUAUUUUAUCCAUCGACGCAGGCCCACAUCCUGCCAACCAGGUCGCCUUCGAUCAGUCUGGUGGCGUGGUGGCCCUGGGCAGCAGCGACGGCUCGGUGCGGGUGCUGCGGCGGGACGCGGGGCAGCUCUCGGCGCUGCGGGGCCCGGGCGGCGCCGUGCGCUGCCUGCGCUUCCACGGCCCGCGGCUCCUGCUGUCCGCGGGCGCCGACGGCAGGCUCUGCCUCUGGACCUGAGCGCCUCCCUCGCUCGGCGCUGCCGGAGAAGGCCGGGGCAGCACCGCGCUGCGGGCUCGCAGGCUCAUCGUUAAUGUCUGCGCCCAAACGGAGCGUUAUUCGGCGUUUUAUCCAAAUAAACCCCCCCCAGUUUCUCCCUCUU